CCAUUUAUGCCCAUUGUACUCGCUUGAGUACACCUGUUUUUUAGCACUGAGGCGGAAUCUAUGGGUUAAUAAUGGAAAGUAUAAUUGCAGAAUCCUGAUCCUUGCAGUUUCUGCAUAAAUUCUGACAACAAUUUUGCCGCUUUUUUCAUUCUAGGUUACGAUAAUAGCCACUUACAGAGACACGUGCAUCCGGUUUUGUGUGUUGAAUCGUGACAAUAACAGAAUACUGUUCAAAUUUAUAGUUUAUUGUUAAAUUUUGAAAUUUUUUUGUUUUGAAUAUUAUAAACAAAGGUGUAAAAACAAGAUUCUGCGGUUAGGUAAGUGAAAGCUUUAUUACAUCCGAUUUUAUGUUGGGGUAAACAUGGGUGUACUCGAUUGAGUACAAUGGGCAAAUGCAGGAUACAUUUUCGGUUAUUUUCUUCCUAUAAAGUGUUCACUUUCAGGCAUUCUUUUAUGAUGGAACAAGUAAAUGCGAUUUCCGCUUCAUCUUUUUAUGGAAAAAGGUUCGCAACACUAGCGUCUGCAGAAGAUGCUAUAGCAAAUACAAAAUUCCCAAACUCAGAAAUUGAUGUGGUAAUUAUUCCACCAGAACCCGAUUACCAAACUGACGAAGAGGAGUUUGACGAAGACGAUUUGGUUACAGCUAGUCUUCCCCAAGAUGUUCCGGGAGAAAUUGAAAUAGCGAUGGAGGAUGAUAGCGAUGAAGAAUAUAACAUGCCACUAUCUCAGGUUUGUACUACACUAUCAAAAAAACCAAAAAUAAGUCAGCCCAAGUGGAGUAGCGAACCAGUGGAUUUGAAAAUGACAUCCGCUAAUGGCUACUCUAUUCGUUUGGAAAAAGUACGAGAACAAUUGUCUAGCUGUAAUGUCAUUCAAAUUUUUGAAAAACUGUUUGAUGAACAAGUUGUCAAUCUCCUAGUAGAACAAACCAAUAAAUACGCCACUGCCAGCAAUAAUCACAGCUUUCAAGUUACUGGUGAAGAAAUCAAGAUUUUUGUAGGUGUGCUUCUUUUUAGUGGUUACCAUAAGUUACCUCGUGCCCGUUUAUAUUGGUGUCUGGACGAAGAUGUGAAUGUGCCAUUUGUUUCGAAUUGUAUCAGUAGAAAUAGGUUUGAGGAGAUAAAAAAAUAUAUACACUUGGCAGAUAACACACAGAUUGACAGAAGUGAUAAAAUGUACAAAGUACGACCAUUGAUGAAUUUACUAAAUAAUAAGUUCCAACAGUUCGGGAUUUUUCACGAAUGUUUGUCGAUUGAUGAAGCUAUGGUGCGAUAUUUUGGACACCAUUCUGCAAAGCAGUUCAUCAAAGGUAAACCAGUACGCUUCGGCUAUAAAGACUGGAUGCUAUGUAGCUCCAGUGGUUAUUGUUAUGCCUUUGACACCUACUGUGGUGCUAAGCCAACAAAUAGUGAGGUUGAAAUUCCGAGGUCUACACUUCCCCUGGGAUCGCAGGUGGUAAUUGAUCUUUUAAAAGUUCUCAAAGAACCUACUGAUCACAUCGUGUUUUUUGAUAAUUAUUUCACUAGUUACGACCUGCUCACUACUUUGAGAGGAAACGGUGUACGAGCUACCGGAACAGUGCGAGAGAACCGUACAAAAAAGUGUCCUAUUCUUCCUUCCGCUCAGAUGAAAAAAAAAGACCGCGGUAAUUUCGAUUAUCGUUACGAUAAAGAAAAUUCUCUGCUUUUCGUGAGAUGGCAUGACAAUAGCGUCGUUACAAUGGCGACCAAUUACGACGGCAUUGAACCAAUGUCACAAGUAAAAAGAUGGUCGUCAAAGAAAAAGGAAAAGAUAUCAGUACCCCAACCGAAGCUUUUUCAGACAUACAAUGCAUUCAUGGGAGGGGUGGAUCUUUUAGAUCAGUCAGUCAACGGUUACCGUGUUGCGAUACAUGGCAAAAAGUGGUGGUGGGUUCUUUUCACCCACAUGAUAAACGUCACUGUUGUCAACGCAUGGAGACUAUACCAACUCGCUUUCCCACAAGACCCUAUGGACUUGCUAUUAUUUCAACGAAAUGUUACCCGUCAUUACCUACGGUCUUAUAACAAGUCAAUUCAAAGAAGAUCAACUUCAAGUCGACCAUCCGGUUCAUUACCUAGGAGUUUACUGGACGAUCCAACAGGCCACUUUCCCAAAAAAUUGUCGAAUCAACUACGUUGUAGCGUAUGUCACAGCAGAAUUAGAUGGGCUUGUGAGAAGUGUAAUGUUACUCUUUGUAUUGAGAGAGACUGUUUCAAGAUAUUUCACACGCGGAAAUAAUUCUUGUCAUAUCGACUGACUUUUUAAAUACAUAUUUUUUUUGUUGAUUUUUAUUCUAUAUGUGCCCGAUGUACUCAUUUGAGUACACCAUUUUUUUUCUUACGUUUUAGGGAAAUAAGUUCAAAAUAAAGCAUAAAUGACAAAAACAAACUGUAUUUGACAAGAUUCAAUCAUAAAUAAUUAUUUUAAUCUUUCACAA